AUGCCCUCACAGGGCGCUGCGUACUCCAACACCACCCUCCUUGGUCAGAGCGCGACAAUGAGCGCAAGCUCGCAGAAGAACGGCCAAGCGCCGCGGACUGGACCGGGAUCGCUCGCGGGAGCACCGGCCACCGCAAGCCACCUGCGCGACAAGGUUAAUGUGCGAACUUCGACACCAGAUUCCGAAGCCCUCGCUAGCUCCGACGAUGAGGGCGAUCAUCGCCACGAAUCAACGCAACCUGUGACUCAGCCUGCAAAGCCCGCUCGCCGAUCUUCCUGGUUGAACGACACAUCCGCACCAUUUGCCCGACCACGCAAAGGGUCGAUUGCGAGUGGUUCCAUGUCGCCCACCGCAUCGCACCCAACAACGCCAUCGGGCGAGACGGCGCCUGGCACCUGGGGCGUGCAUUCAGCUUCAGCAGGACUAGGUCGCGCGGUGGGAGGAUCGGCGUUUCCGUGGACAAGUGCAAUUUGGAACAACGAUAGGAGGGAACCCUCACGAUUGAGCGAGGUUCUCCCCUCGCCAACCUCCCUUGCACCUCCAGGCGCAACCAGCAAUUCCAUGUUCGGGCCCGACGCAGCAAACACCCAGACCUCUCCCAAUCCUCGUGACGGCAACAACGGUCAGAUCCCCUUUGCGAUCCCGCUUCAUCCCACUCCCAAGACGUAUCGAUCCCAGUCCUACUCGGUUGGCCAGAUGGAGUCCGAAGCGAAUGCGCCUCCGAGCUCCGGGAUGAGCUCAUCCACGCUUCUGGGCCGCGCGAGGCAUCCGGCGCUUCAGCAUCGCCCUUCUCGGCCUAGCAUGCUCAGCGAGAUGGCGAACGAUGGGUCGAUGCUCGGCAAGGUCAAGGAGGUGGAGGAUGACGACGAAGAAAGCGCGCCCGAAUCUAUGCAAGGCUCAUUCCACCAGAGCGCCGAAUCCAAGACAAUUGAGAUGCUCACCCGCGAGAACGCCAUGCUUCGGCAACAACAGUACAACAGACUUCGACCUCGUGCCUCGACAGGGACCUCGUACUUUGGCAAUGGCGUUCCGUUGCAAGGGGCCGUUCCGGAAGAAUCAGACUAUGCAGUCGACGAAUACGACCUAGUCAACACUGAAAAUGGCGAGUCAUUUGCCAGAAGCGCCGCGACCCGACGUAUGAGUGAAUACGGCGGGGGUGCCGCUGCACGCUCUCCCUCUACUAGAACCGAUAGCACGAGCUUGAAGAAAGCGCUGUGGUCGACUUCCGGAUAUCCUCUUCUUGACGCAUCGCAAAGUCGGCGGCACUCCUUUGCCAACAUGCCGACUCGUCAUGGCUCCAUCAGUUCCAUCGCGGACACCGCCUCCGCAAUGGAAGGAGCCGGAGCCGAAGCGCAGCAAUAUCAGGAUUACAUGGGCGCGCUGCAGGACAGUAGCCUGUAUGCGCAAACAGGCAAUGGAAAUCUAUUUAGUCCGAUGACUUCACAGAUGGGCGCCAAUGUGCCCCAGGUCUAUGGCAACCCGUACCAGCCAUCUUUCGCCUCACCUCACAUGCAGAAUCGGCCCGGAUCACCACAACGCACCUCCUACGGAAUGGCCCAGCCGCGACAGAACCAGCUGCUGCACGUUGUCUUGUUCAAAUGCGCACGCGCUGACGUCUUCUAUAUCCAAGAAGGUACUGGGCUGACGGUGAAGCCUGGCGAUCUCGUCAUUGUGGAGGCUGACCGCGGAACGGACUUGGGUACUGUGGCAAAGGACAAUGUCGACUGGCAAACUGCGAAAGAGCUGAAGGAGCAUUACGCCGAAGAGCAUUAUAAAUGGCUCAUGAUGUAUUCUCAGGGAGCUGCGGUCGCUCAGGAGGGAUCUGGGCCUGGCAUGCUUGCCUCCUCCGGCGCGACGCAAGGCAGCGCCGUGGGUGGCAUGGGACCUGCCACGCAGCACCACAUGCAAGAGCCAAACGCCGGCGAGCUCCGACCCAAGCUUAUCAAGCGACUUGCGCAAAGCCAUGAGGUCCAUUCUCUGCGCGAAAAAGAGGGCCAGGAGGCCAAGGCCAAAAGAGUCUGCAACACCAAGGUUAAGGAGCAUGGACUUCAAAUGGAAAUACUGGAUGCUGAGUUCCAAAUGGACUGGAAGAAGCUGACUUUUUACUACUUUGCUGAUGCUUACAUCAACUUCAAUUCUCUGGUCACCGACUUGUUCAAGAUCUACAAGACGCGUAUCUGGAUGUCCGCCAUCAACCCAGCGUCGUUCGCCAGUCCCACCCUAGGCAUUCAAGCGCCUAGCGGCGUAGGACCCGGUGCCGUUGGCGCUGGCCGAUCCUCUGGUCACAAUGACCGCCGACAAGGUCAGCAACAGCCACAAGCGGCAUCGGCUCAGCUGCAGCCACAGCCACAGCAGAACCAGGAGUCGAUGGGUGCCACGCCAACAUCGAUCAACAGUCAAGGGUCUCCGGCUCCCCGUGGGUUCCGUCCAGGACUCAAUCAGCAGUAUGGGAACGAUAGGGCGAAUGGACAGAGCUAUCAAGGGUAUCCUUCGACCAAUUACGGUUACCCCCAAGGAGGUGCCUUUGGCAAUGCCCGUACAAACGCCGCUUAUGGCCAAGCUACGUCUCCCGGGGUGAUGGACAACUACUCCGGCGCCAACUUUCAACACUUUGGCGACUUCCAGGCUUCACGGAAUCGCUUUGCUUCUCCCCAGACUGCUCGUCCCCAGUGGUCACUGUUCAAUAUGCCUACAAAAAGCAAGUCGACCGACGGCGAGACACCACUCCUCGCUCUCCUGGCUUUACUAACGAUGAGGUUAGACGAUGAGCUCAGUCAAAACUACAAUCCCAAGACCGCAUACAAGAAACCUCGUUCAGCUCCCAGGAGACAAGCUAAAGGCAAAGGCAAGUCUGCCUGCGGAGCCGGCAAUGAACGCAUCACCACGGCCAAGCGAUCUGUUGACCCGCCAAGAUCCAACGACAAGAAUUAUGGUGAGGAGGCAAAAAGGUACUUGCGAGGCCGCUCCAAUGAGCUCUGCGUAUUCAUUGGGACGAAGCAUGAGGAGAAGAGAUCAGAUCCCAACAUCGCAAAGGCCCUGCUCCUGAAACUCCCGACGGACAUUGCGCCCGUCAUGGCCCACGGGUACGCUACCAAGCAGUCCGAGGACGAUGGCCGCAACCUGACUGCAGAGCUAUCUGCCAGACUGAUGAAAGAGAUGCGUCGUACAAUCAAGCUCUAUGCAGAAGACGCUGGCAACUCAUCGGGAGUUUCUAAGCCAGAAUGGAUGCGCUGGAAGACGGAUUGUCGGGACCUCCAGAGCUUCAACAAGAACGCCUUGACCAUGGCGGAACAGUUGAUUCACAGUAUGAUCGUGCCUGGUGGCAAGGCUGGCGUUCCAAAGCUGGCCGAGGAAGCGGACGAGGUCGAAACAGUGGCAUGGGAGUUGUACGCCAAAAUGGGUGCCCUCAAGUAUGUCGAGGAGCUUCAGAAGAAGAAGCAGUCGGAUGUGAUGCAGUUCCUCCUCCGUGUCCGCUGCUGGGAGCUCCGCCAGUUGAACGUCAUCCACCGCGCUUCGCGUCCCUCGCGCCCCGACAAGGCCCGCCGUCUCGGCUACAAGGCCAAGCAGGGAUACGUUAUCUACCGCGUGCGUGUCCGCCGUGGUGGCCGCAAGAGGCCCGCUCCCAAGGGUGCCACCUACGGCAAGCCCACUAAUCAGGGUAUCAACCAGCUCAAGUACCAGCGCUCUCUCAAGGCCACCGCCGAGGAGCGUGUCGGCCGCCGCUGCGCCAACUUGCGCGUCCUCAACUCGUACUGGGUUAACCAGGACUCCACCUACAAGUACUACGAGGUCAUCCUCGUCGACCCCCAGCACAAGGCCAUCCGCAUCGAUCCCCGCAUCAACUGGAUCGUCAACCCCGUCCACAAGCACCGCGAGGCCCGUGGUCUCACCGCUACCGGCAAGAAGUCCCGUGGUCUCAACAAGGGCCACCGCUACAACAACACCAAGGCCGGUCGCCGCAAGACCUGGAAGCGCCAGAACACCCUCUCCCUGUGGCGCUACCGGUAA